CUAUGUGCACAUGGACACAUAGGAAAACAUUAGGGAGAGUUCAGGGGCUGCUGAAAAAAACGCAGAAAAGCUCCCUAAAUCAUUGUAUAAAAACUCUGCUUGAUCCUGACUUCACUGAUCCUUCCCUUCUUCUAGUUUCCCCCUCUUAUCUCCUGAUAAGACAUAUCCUGUGGAGUCACUCUGCACAUUCUCAGUUUGGUGUGUAUUACUAGAGAGGUUUUUUUUUUCUUGGGAGAGUUCAUGUGAUCAGCACAGGGCCAAUCAGCACUGUCCAGACAGAGGUCAGGGGUUCUGCAUCCUCCUAGAGCAAAAUGAAAACUCC